AUGCGUAGAUCCAUUGCGGCUGGGUUUGCGUCGGUAGCGAAAGGGUUUCUUCUCCACAAUCAUCGUGUACAGUUAGGUAAUACUCGAGCUUCUCCAUCCUCUAGCCUCUGCUUCUGGAUACGAGCUUUCUCUAAUUACCGAAAGAUUCUGAGAAGCAGUCGUCUUCACAAACUCCAGUUCAAUGAAGCUCUCGAUUUAUUCACUCGCAUGGCUCUCUCCAAUCCCCUCCCUUCAAUCGUCGAUUUCACCACAUUACUCAGUGUUAUCGCAAAAAUGAAAAGGUACGAUGUCGUGAUCUCUCUCUUCGAGCAAAUGCAAAUCCUGGGAAUUUCACCUGUUCUCUACACAUACAACAUCGUAUUGAAUUGUUUGUGCCAAUCUUAUCAACCAUCUCUCGCUUCCUCUUUCCUCGGGAAGAUGAUUAAGCUUAGCUUUGAGCCUGACGUAGUCAGUUUCACCUCUCUCAUCAAUGGAUUCUGCCAAAGGAAUAGAAUUGAUGACGCAAUAGCUUUGUUCAACCAGAUUUUCGAAUUGGGGUAUAGGCCUAAUGUUGUCACAUACACAGCUUUGAUUCACUCUCUUUGCAAGAACAGAGAUCUGAAUCUUGCGCUUAACCUGUUCGACGAAAUGCAAACCGAGGAAAUUAAACCGAACGUUGUCACCUACAACUCUCUCAUAACCGGUCUUUGCGAUUCCGGUAGAUGGAGUGACGCUGCUUCACUGCUUAAAGACAUGAUGAAGAAGGAGAUUGAUCCGAAUGUGAUCACUUUCACCGCGUUGAUCGAUGGGUUUGUGAAAGCAGGGAAGCUCUUUGAGGCAUUGCAGCUUUAUAAGUUGAUGUUACAGAUGUUUGUGGCUCCAAAUGUUUUCACUCUCACUGCGUUGAUCAAAGGGUUUUGCAUGGACGGUCGGUUAAACGAGGCUGAGAGAAUUUUUUACUCGAUGGAAAGUGAAGGUUGUUUCCCGAAUGUAGUGACUUAUACUACUCUCAUACAUGGAUUUUGCAAGUCUAAGAGAGUAGAGGACGGGAUGAGAUUCUUCUACGAGAUGCUACAGAGAGGAGUAGCUGCCAAUACAAUCACUUACACAGCUCUUAUCCAAGGUUAUUGUAGAGUUGGGAAUACAAACGUUGCUCAACAUGUGUUUAAUCUGAUGGGUUCUCCGGAUGUUAGGACCUAUAACGUUCUGUUGGACGGUCUGUGUUGUAACGGGAAGGUGGAGAGAGCGUUGAUGGUAUUCGAGUACAUGCGGGAGAGAGGAAUGGAUGUUAGUAUUGUUACGUAUACUAUUGUUAUCCAGGGGAUGUGUAAGGCUGGUAAAGUGGAGGAUGCUUUUGGUUUGUUUUGUAGCCUUGAGUCAAGAGGAGUGAAGCCUAAUGUUGUGACGUACAGGACGAUGAUAACUGGGUUUCGUAGGCGAGGACUGAUUCGUGAAGGUGAUAAGCUGUUUAAGAAGAUGGUAGAGGAUGGUUUCUUGCCAAAUGAAAAGUGUGUGUUAAGUAGAUGA